AUGUCCGUGUUCAGUGGGAAGCGCAGUGGGAAGCAGCUACUCCGGUGUUGCACCUCACGGCUUGCCUGCCGCUUGCCAGCUCCUGGUAGCGAUUGCGGCCAUUGGGAUGAGAGGCUUUUGGACAAUGAGCUCAUGACGCCCUUUGUGAGCAGUGCUGCCUCAUUGCCACUGAGCAUCAUCACAGCUGGAGGCCUGGAAGACCUUGGUUACACGAUCGACUACAGGAAGUGUGACAUUUGGCCAGAUGCGAACACGGAUUCGUCCUUGUACACCUUCUACCCCAAACGCCUGGAAAACCGCAAGAGCAGCUUUGCUGAAGCGAAGAAUGUGGCGAGAGAUUGGUUCAUGAAGCCGCUGGACGUGAAGAUCAUCUACAAUGAGAAGGUGAUCACCACGAUCCCCGGUGAUCGAGACCUCAAAGGAAUCUUGAAAGCCAAGAAGGAGCUUCAAGAGUUCUUGCAGAAGCUUCACCCAAGGAACAGCACGAGGAAUGCCCACGCAGCGUGA